AUGACCGGAGAGAAGGGAGACGGCAGCAAGAAAUCUGAAGGUGGGGAGACGAUUGAUGUCUAUUCGCCUUACUACAUUCACGCAUCAGACUACCCAAAACAGAUGCAGGUUAAUGAUGUGUUGAAUGAUAGUAACUACAAUGAAUGGAAGCAGGAGAUGAGGAAUUUUCUGCUUGCAAAAACCAAGAUGGGACUGGUUGAUGGUUCUGUUGCGAAACCGGAGGUGUCGUCGCCAAUGUAUAAGGCAUGGGUACGGGCUGAGGCAAUGAUCAAGGGCUGGUUGACCACCACCAUGGAGAAAGAGAUAAGAACAAGUGUCAGGUAUGCAAAUACUUCAUCAGAAAUCUGGCUAGAUCUUGAAGAACGGUUUGAGAAAGAAGGGGCGCCUCGGGCAUAUGAGCUGAAACAAUCGCUUAACGUGAUGAGGCAAGAUGGGAAUUCGAUCUCCAAUUACUACACCAAACUUAGGUCCAUUUGGGAUGAACUGCAGAUGGUCCUACCAUCCCCACGAUGCACCUGCGAAGGUUGCGGUUGUGGGAUCGAGAAAAAGCUGAGCGAUUAA